CAGCGCGCGCCCAGCACCUUUCCCGGGAAGAAACAUGGGCGGGAAGGAGGUCGCAUGGGGCGCAAUGGAGAGGAGAUGGAUCCCAAGGGCGGCCGCUGCUGGUUCCUUAAAGUGGGUUGUAAGAGAAGACCUCUCCUUUAAAGACUGAAAAUGAACUGUCGUUUGCUGUUGCAGUACCAUCGCUCCUUUCCAAAAGCUGUGUUUCUGCCUUCCUGACUCAGUUUCCUAAGGACGAACAUGGGAACCCUUUUGGAAGUAGGGUCUCGUAAUCCAUCGCAGCCAACGGAAACUUCACAACAGCUGCAAGCAUAUGUGGCCUGGGUGAAUUCACAGCUGAAGAAGAAGCCUGCAGUUAAGCCAGUGCAGGACCUGAGACAUGAUCUCCGAGAUGGCGUUGUCCUGGCUUCUCUCAUUGAGAUCGUAGCUGGAGAGAAACUGAAUGGAGUGCAGGUCAACCCCGCCAGCCCUCAAGAAAUGAGGGAGAAUGUGGAGAAAGUCUUGCAAUUCGUGGCAUCCAAAAAGAUUCGUAUGCACCAGACAUCAGCUAAAGACAUUGUUGAUGGGAACCUGAAAUGCAUCAUGAGGUUAAUCCUUGCCUUAGCUGCUCAUUUUAAACCUGGCUCAAGUAAAGCUGCCAAUCAGACUCCAUCGAGCAUGAUGGGAAAGAACUCGGCAGGAACAGGACUGUCAUCAGCCAAUCACAGGCCUCAAUCAGCUGCUGCUGUUGCCCAGGGUGCAGUGGCUGCCCUGGCAGAUGUUCGCCAGGAUGUUUUGCGUUUGGGGCGUGAUGUUCUCCGGCACAGACAGAGAGACAGCAGCCUGGAUGAAGAGAUUGAGCAUCCGUACUGGAGUGUCCGAGCACUGGUACAGCAAUAUGAGGGGCAGCAAAGUGUGCCUUCCGAGUCCCACUCCUCCAGCCUCGCAUCGCCCAGCCCUGUGAACAGUGCAAGGAGCGAGUCCAGUAUAACACACUCAGAGGAGAAGGCUGGAUUUGACAUUGUUCGUGAAGAGGAAGCAGAUACCAGAACAGAAGAGACGUGCUCUCCUUUUCCCGUAGAGUUGCAGCAGGCCAGGUGUCCUGCGACAAGCUUGGAGACUGCAUGGGAGGAGCAGCUCCUGGAGCAGCAAGAUCACUUGGAAAAGGAGAUGGAAGAAGCAAAGAAGAUGAUUUCAGGACUGCAGGCCUUGCUGCUCAAUGGGUCGUUACCUGAGGAUGAGCAAGAAAGACUGUUUGUCCUUUGCGAACAAGAUGCCUGCCCUGAAGAGCAGCUGAUCAUAGUCCGAAGCCGUCUCGAUCAGAGCAUGGAGGAGAAUCAAGAGCUGAAGAAAGAGUUGCAGAGGCACAAGCAAGAAGCAAGAAGCCUGCAAGGGGUAAAGGAUGCCUUGCAGCAGCGGUUGGCCCAACAGGAUGCUCUGAUUCUUCAGAUUAAGCAAGAGCUGCUUAGAGCAAACAUGGACAAGGAGGAACUGCAUAGCCAAAAUGCUGAUCUACAAAGGAAAGUGGAAGAGCGGAAUCGACUUCUCGCUGAAUACAAAAAGGAGCUGAGCCAGAAGGAUCGGCACUUGCACCAGCACCAGGCCAAGAUGGAGGAGAUGCUGCGGCAGCUCUCCGAGGCCAGCUAUCACCAGGCGGAGCUGGAGCGAGAGCUGGAGCACAAAGAAGCUCUGUUGGCUCAGUGUAUGAAGAAGGAUGCAGAAGAGGUGAUAGUCUACAGCAAUCACAGCUCUCAGAGCAACGGCUUCCUGCAGACGUCAGGAAAAGGAGCUGCUUCUACAGCACACAGAGGGACCAACGACCUGCAGCUGGUGCGCAAGGCCCUGCGCAGCUUGCGGAACAGCUUCAGCGGCCACGACCCCCAGCACCAUACCAUCGACAGCCUGGAGCAGGGCAUCUCCAGCCUGAUGGAGAGGCUGCACCGCAUGGAGAUGCAGAAGAGGCAAGAGAGGAGGAUCCAAGGAAAAUCACCUGCCGGCCACGCCACGAACGAGUACCGAGAGUCCUGGCCCUCCAACUCCAAACUGCCUCAUUCUCACAGCACCCCUGCAAUGAGCAGCAGUGCCUGCACCAAAGUGCUCUACUUCACGGAUCGCUCCCUCACACCUUUCAUGGUGAACAUACCAAAGAGGUUAGGUGAGGUGACUCUAAGGGACUUCAAAGCAGCUAUUGAUCGGGAAGGAACACAUCGCUACCACUUCAAAGCCCUAGAUCCAGAAUUUGGCACAGUAAAAGAGGAGGUUUUCCAUGACGAUGACAUCAUCCCUGGGUGGGAGGGAAAGAUUGUGGCAUGGGUGGAAGAGGACCAUGGGGAGAACUAAUCAGAGACCACUCGAACUCUCUUUCCCGGGCGACCCCACCACUGGUCUGCUGCA